UACAUGGAAUCCCAAACAGAUCCUGAAAAUAAGCCGUUGAUUCUGUGGUUCAAUGGAGGACCAGGUUGCAGUUCGAUACUUGGCUUACUCAGUGAAUUAGGUCCGUUCCGGCCAAAUCCUGAUGGAGAGACAUUGUAUGAAUACGUCUUCUCUUGGAAUAAGAUGGCAAAUGUUCUCUUCAUCGAUUCACCACGAAAAGUUGGAUUUUCUUAUCAGGAUGAAAUGGCAAACAACGAUGAUCAAUGGAAUGAUGAAAAGACGGCCACAGAUGCUUUAAAUGCAUUACUGGAUUUCUUCACGAUAUUUCCCGAGCUAACAUCUAAAGAAUUUUACAUAGCUGGCGAGUCAUAUGGCGGUGUGUACGUACCUUUGCUCACAUCUUACUUACUUCAAUACAUGCAAGAGCACAGUUAUGCAUUAAAUUUCAAAGGAAUAAUGGUUGGAAAUGGUUAUGUAAGCCAAAAAUUGAACAUACGUUCCCUCGCAGAUUUUCUAUACUUCCAUGGAUUAUUUGGCAGACAGGAAUGGAGGGAAUUAUCAAGUAAAUGUUGCCAAAACGCCACUGAUGGCUUACCCCAAUUCCAAUGUGAGUACGAUCGUUUCGUAGAAUUCGGAGAUGAUGGCGAUGUUCGUCCGAAAAACGUUACUGAUGACAACGGUUGUGGUGAUUUAGUAGUAAAAUUAUCAUGGCACUGGAUCGAACAUACAAUGUAUGCAACUUUAUAA